AUGCCGGAGGUUUUGGAGUCAGCUCCUCACCGUCUCCAAUCGCCGUCUGGUAUCCCUCGUCGUCGCAGUCAGGUCCUCCCCAUCUCGGAGCUUCACCGUGACCAAGCUUCUUCGUCUUGCUCUGCCGUCAUCGAUUAUUGUAAAGUGUUAUUGCCUUUGGAUGGACGUUACUGGGGGAAAGUUAAGGACUUGGCUUCUUCUAUGAGCGAGUUUGGUUUGAUCUACUUCAGAGUACUUGUUGAGAUUAAAUGGCUUAUUAAGCUUUCAAAAAUUCCUGAAGUCACUGAAGUUCCAAGCUUUAGCAAAGACGCUGUGGUUUACUUGCAAGGGAUCAUCGAUGGGUUUAGCAUGGAUGAUGCAUUGGAAGUUAAGAAGAUUGAGAGAGUUCUUGAGUUUUUCCAUUUUGCUUGCACGUCUGAGUACAUCAACAAUCUUUCCCAUGGUUUGAUGCUUCGAGAAGCACUUACUUCGGUCAUACUUCCAGCCAUGGAUGACCUCAUCAAGUCAGUAAGGAAAUGGCGAUUCGAAGAGAAAAGAUAUCUUUCAGAAACUAAGAUCAAGGGCAAAUUUGCUGGUGCUGUUGGGAACUACAACACUCAUAUAUCAGCAUAUCCUAAUAUCGACUGGCCUAAUGUUGCAGAGGAGUUUGUUACUUCUCUCGGUUUAACCUUUAACCCAUACGUUACUCAGCCAGUGAAUUCGAUUGACUUUGAGAACAAUGAAGGGAAUCUAGGUAAAGCUAACGCUGAGCUUACUUUCCUCAGCAUGAAGCUUCCCAUUUCACGAAUGCAGCUUGACUUAACUGAUUCAACUGUCUUGAGGAACAUGGGUGCAGUUUUAGGACACUCUCUUCUUGUUUACAAGAGCGCCAUACAGGGAAUCAGGAAGCUCGGUUAA